AUGCAAUAUCGGGCCCGGCAGGAGCACGCGCUCUGCCAGUGGGGGGUGCCUGUGGCGUCGCAAAGGCCCGCGAGCGACGCCGAGUCGAUCUGUCGACGCAGCAAGGAGCAGCUUUUGGAUAUCUUCAACGAAAGCCGCAUGGAAGCGAGCGUGAACGUCGUUGACGGCAACGUCAAUUUGAUCGACUCGACUGUCACCAAUUGCAAGGGCGACUGGGGCGGAGCCUUGUACGUCGAUAAUUCGGGCGUCGAUAAUUCGGGCCAAGACUACAAGGGCGGCGCAGUGUACGUGAAAAAGGGCGAGGUGAGCCUUAGCGUCUCCGAGAUUUCGGACUGCCGCGCCUAUUUCUCUGGUGGCGCAGUGUACGUGCAAAGGGGCGAGGUGAGCCUGAUCGACUCCAAGAUAAGCAGCUGCUCCGCUGAAGAGGCGGAGGGCGGUGCAGUGUUCGUGGAUCGGGGCAAGGUGAGCCUGAUCAACUCCGAGAUCUCGGACUGUCACGCCGAGGACAUUGGUGGCGCUUUGUGCGUGUGGGGCGGCGAGGUAAGAGUGGAGGGCUCCACGUUUACCAGCUGCUCUGCUGACAAGGGCGGCGCAAUAUACGUGGAGGAGGGCGAGGUGAACCUGAUGGACUCCGAGUUUAGCAACUGCUCCGCUGCCGAGGUUCGCAUAGUAGGUAGAGUCCAGUAG